GUCAAUCAAACCGAACCCUGGUCAACAUUGUAAGGAAACCAUGUUUCUAAAUCCAGUCAGAAUAGAUCUACAUAGAGAUAGGCCUACAUUUAAUCCAAGACUAUAAUUUCUGUGAAUAAAGCAACAAUUAUUAACAAAACAUUAUAAAGUAAUAAAAUAAACGCAAUUAAGGAAAGUCGAAACUCGGCCGGAACCAAUCGUCGCAGGUCGAGUUUCCGCAGAUGGCGACGCGGUCCUCCGUUGCUAGGUAACCACGGAGGGAGGCUGCUGCUGUUUUCCGGGGGAAGUGGACCAGUACCGCCGAAUCUCUGCAGGGAUGAUGGACGGGCGGAAAGAGCGCGAGCUGUCUGCAGAGAUGAUUGACGGGGGCACGGAGCGCGAGCUGUCCGCCACAAUCGCCCAGCUCGUGCAGCGGCUGAAGGGAAGCCACCUGCACUCCCAGCUCGAGCGGCGGGCCAAGGACUGUCUGCACCAGCCCGAAAUCAAACUCGAGUCUCUGAAAGAGGACGUGCGUCACUUCCUCAGAGUGUCAGGCUGGGAGAAGAAGCUGCAUAAUGCGGUUUACAGGGAGAUGCACGUUCAGCCCCCCCUCAGCCUUCUGCCCACCCCCCCCGAGCAUCGGAAGGAGCCCCUGCUCUACAUGCGCUCCGCUCAGGCCAGCUGGGAGAGGCGUGUCCUGAAGAGUCUGAGCAGCAUGAGCUCAGAGCUGGGCGUCCCAUUGGCCCGCAAGCGGCCUGUCGCUGAGCAGAAGGAACUGGCCAACAAGUGGAACGAGAUGAGUACGGACGAGCCAGAUCUCAGUCAGUUCAGACCCGUCUACGCCCCUAAAGACUUCCUGGAGGUGCUGAUUGGCCUCCGGAACCCGAACCACGAGCACAGCGAGCAGGUCAGCACCCGGAGCCAUUGGGGCCUCAUCCAGCUGCCCCUAAGUGUCAGAGACGUGGUCCAGAUGAGAGAGAUGUACUCCGAGCUGGGCCUGACGUCUGGACAGCUGGGCAUUGACGAUGAGGCUAACCUCCAUCCAGACGUGUUUGAGAGCCAGCACGUCGAGGUUGGUAAGAAAGUGGUCCUGGACCAGGACAGUGCUGCGGCCCAGCAGUACAGCAGGCAGGGCUGUCCCAUGGGGCUCCGGGCCGACCUGUGGGCCCUGAUCCUCAACGCCACCAACCAGGCCCAGGACAUGAUGCACUAUGAGCAGCUGAAGGCUGGGGUCAUUCAACACGACAUGCUGGUUGACAACCUCAUCUAUAAGGACGUGAAGCUCACAGCCAGUAACGAUGACUACUACUUUGUGUUUGAAGACUUCCUCUACCAGGUGUUGAUGUGCUUCUCCAGAGACACGGCCAUCUUGGAGCACUUCAUGUACAACAGCGCCAGCCCUCCGAAGUCCUUCAUACAGGGAAAGGGUCUAGAGGAGUGUGCGGUCGUGUAUCCCCCCAACGGUGUUAUCCCGUUCCACGGCUUCUCCAUGUAUGUGGCCCCCCUGUGCUUCCUGUACAACUCCCCCUCUGAGCUGUACUCGGUCUUCAGGGAGAUGUACGUCCGCUACUUCUUCCGCCUGCACUCCGUCUCCUCCUCGCCCUCGGGCAUCGUAUCUCUGUGUCUGCAGUUUGAGCGUCUGCUGCAGGCGCACCUGCCCCAGCUCUUCUACCACCUCCGGCAGAUCGGGGCCCAGCCUCUGCGAAUAGCCUUCAGGUGGAUGGUGAGGGCCUUCUCGGGCUACCUGUCCACCGACCAGCUGCUGCUUCUCUGGGACCGCCUCCUGGCCUACGACUCGCUGGAGAUCCUGGCAGUGCUGGCUGCAGCUGUGUUUGCGUUCCGCUCAGACAACCUGAUGGAGGUGACGUCCCUGGCCUCCGCCGAGGCCGUGCUCGCCGACCUCUCGACCCUGAAGGUCAUGCCCCUCAUCCAGAUCUUCCUCUUCGCCAGCGCAGCCUGAGGCCGCACCGCGGCGCGCCGCGGGCUAGCACCGUGUGUGUGUGUGUGUGUGUUACCACGCCAUUGAUCAAGAGGGGGGAAAGGAGCAACAGACACAGAUCCUCCUCCCUGCUGCUCCUCCCUCCCUCCCCCUCCUCCUCCCUGCUCCUCCCUACCUGCUCCUCUUCC